CUCCUGCUAAAAAUCGCUAAAAUAGCUCUUCAAAAUAACACUUCAUCCGGUGACCGUUGCUGCCCUAGCAGGUGCUCUCUCUCUCUCUUUUUCUCGCCCAAAAAGCAUCUUCUUGCCGGGCGAAAGGAGAGCUAUCGAAAAUGGAUCCAAAGAAGAGCCGCUUGAACUUGCCCGCCGGCUUGGAAUCGUCUCUCCGCCUCGACACGUCGCUAACCCAUUUCCCAGUUAUCCCAAAGUCUCCGUCGCCGAAGAAGGUAAUCUACAGUGACCGAUUUAUCCCCUGCCGGUCAUCUUCCAGGCUAGAAACCUUCACGGUGGUGGAUAAGCCCUCUCCGGCGAAGGAGGGAACUAACGAUCUAUACUUGCGGCUACUGAGAGCUGAGCUCUUCGGCACCGAGACGUUUUCCUUUUCUCCGGCCGGCGGGGAGCAGGGAUCGCCGCAAACUCCAAAUAAGAACAUGUUUCGGUUUAAGAUUGACCACUCAUCGCCAAGCUCACCGUUGUCCGGCAUCGUCACUGGUCAAGAUGGAGGGCCUGAAUGCUCCACAUGUCCAAAGCCACCAAGAAAAAUACCAAAGACUCCACAUAAGAUUUUGGAUGCCCCCUCACUUCAAGAUGAUUUUUACCUGAACCUUGUGGAUUGGUCCUCUCAGAAUGCUCUUGCAGUUGGAUUAGGAACUUGUGUUUACCUCUGGAAUGCAUCAACCAGCAAGGUGACAAAAUUAUGUGAUUUGGGAAAUAGUGAUGGUGUUUGUGCUGUGCAAUGGACUCGAGAGGGAUCAUAUCUUGCUGUCGGAACAACGCUUGGAGAUAUUCAGAUUUGGGAUGUAGCUCGAUGCAAAAAGAUCCGGACGAUGGGAGGUCAUCAAACAAGAACCGGAGUAUUGGCAUGGAGCACCUGCAUUUUGGCUUCUGGAAGUAGGGACAAAAAUAUAGUGCAGCAUGAUCUCCGCAUCCCAAACGAUUUCAUCAACAAACUUUUGGGCCACCGAUCCGAGGUCUGUGGACUGAAGUGGUCUCAUGAUGAUAGAGAACUUGCAUCAGGUGGAAAUGACAAUCAGCUUCUAAUCUGGAACCAGAGGUCACAACAUCCAGUAUUGAAAUUCACAGAUCAUACAGCUGCAGUAAAAGCCAUAGCUUGGUCUCCACAUCAGCAGGGUCUUCUUGCUUCAGGGGGCGGAACAGCUGAUCGAUGCAUUCGCUUCUGGAACACAUCUAAGAGUAAUAUGCUGCAGUGUGUCGAUACUGGCAGUCAGGUUUGUAGCCUUGCGUGGUCGAAGAAUGUGAAUGAACUAGUUAGCACUCAUGGCUAUUCUCAGAAUCAAAUCAUGUUGUGGAAGUACCCUUCCAUUGCAAAGAUUGCAACUCUAACUGGACAUACCAUGAGGGUGCUCUACCUAGCCACUUCUCCUGAUGGGCAGACAAUUGUGACAGGCGCAGGGGAUGAAACUCUGCGGUUCUGGAAUAUCUUUCCUUCAGUUAAAUCAAAGACUAUUGUUCGAGAUUUUGCAGCUUGGUCAAUGGGGCGGAGCCACAUAAGAUGAUUUGCAGACCAUGUAGAAUAGAUCUGACCACCAUAUUAAUCUUUAAUGUAAAGGGACUAACAGAAACGUACCUCAUUCUUACCUUUGAGCUCUGUAUGCAUCAUUUUUUUAUUAUAAUGCUGUGCUGA